AUGCCGAGUUCGUGUAAAGACCUGCGCCAGGCACUGGCCGAAUGUCUCCAGGAAUCAGACUGCAUCAUGGUCCAGCGGAACACACCCCAGGACUGUCUGCGUUCCCCCAACCUCGAGCAAUUGCCUAUCAAAUGUCAGCAGCUGAAGAAAGGUCUCAGCGAAUGCAAGCGAGGAAUGGUAGACAUGCGCAAACGGUUCCGCGGAAACCAGCCGUUCCAGCUCGCCAAGGAGACAGAUAGCGCUACUGGCGAGGUCGUCGAGAAGAAACAGCCGGUUCCCCAGCUCUACGCUGGUCGGCCGGCGUACCAGGGCGUUAAGCAGAUAAAUGGUGAUGAAGUGCAGAUGGACCCUGAGAAGACAAGGGGUUUGUAA